GACGCCUUGUCAGGUUAUUGUAUACAAGCAAGUCUCGUCCUUAUGGCAAGUGACAAAGUGGGACGUUUUGCUGGCCGUGGUUAAAAAUAUAGUUUCUAUGAUGACUUACAUCUUAAAUACUUAAUGGCUUAUAGAAAACAGUAUGUCAAGAAAUAAACGCACUUGAUAAUAAUCGGCUUUCCUAUUUGUUUAAGUAAUUUGUUAUUUAUUACGAGUAAUAGGAAGUUUUAAAGGUAGAAAUAUCAUUUACGAUUGUAAACUAUUUCAUGAAGUACAUACUUACACAACGAGAUAAAAUACACUUUUAAAUUGAUUCAAUCUUAUAUUUAAGUUGAAAAUAAUGUAUUGUUAAACUAAAUACACCAGUCAUCAUCAAAUAAAGGAUUUAAUACAAUAAAAACCGGCCAAGAGCAUGUCGGGCCACGCUCAGUGUAGGGUUCCGUCACAAUAAGCUAAACUGGAGCUUAAAGUAUAGUAAAUUGUUAACCAAUGGAUGAAACGGUACCUUUCACCCGAGUUAAACAAAUAGACAAAUUUGCGUAAUCAGUACCUAAUUAAAGUAAGUCUUUUUAUUAUGAAGGGAAAACUUUUUGCGAUAACUCAAAAACAGCUAAACUGAUCAUGUCCGCUAUAGUUUUCAUUUAAUGUCUUUCUUAAGCUCUAUUUCCACAAUUUUUUUCAUAUUUUUUGGACCUAUGGUUCAAAAGUUAGAGGGGGGGGGACACAAUUUUUUUAUUUCGGAGCGAUUAUCUCCGAAUAUAUUCACUUUAUCAAAAAAUGUUUAUUGAAAACCCCUAUUAGAUUUGAAAGACCUUUCCAACGAUACCCCACACUCUAGGGUUGAAUCGAAAAAAAAAUUUCACCCCCACUUUACGUGUAGGGGAGGUACCCUAAAAAAAAAAUUUUUUAGAUUUUAUUGUUUGACUUUGUCGGCUUUAUUGAUUUAUAUACCUAUCCAUUCAAAAUUUCAGCUUUCUAGCACUAACGACCACGGAGCAAAGCCUCGGACAGACAGACAGACAGACAGACAGACAGACGGACAUGGCGAAACUAUAAGGGUUCCUAGUUGACUACGGAACCCUAAAAACUGACAUAACUUGGGAAACUCCACUACAGCGCCGCCAUUGCCGCGACGCUCAUCUGUCAGUCCUUGCCGCACUAUAGUUAUGUGACCAUAUCCAAUACCGAUUGUAGGCUGCACUUGAGAAAGCCUCAUCAUCGGUUAUCAGUAUCAAGCAACAAAAUUAUUGACCUUUUCACAACAAGUCUCAAUUAUUUAUAGCACUUGUUUACUAAAACAUAAAAUAUUAUCAUCAGCAUCUAGUGCCGGCAUGCAAUAGGUACAUUUUAUUUGUAAACAACGCAUUUUCAACAAAAACAACAUUCUAUCUGCGUUCAGAUCGCUGCGUCCAUCAGUAAUGUUUAGUCCAUCGGUGAACGAUCAGGCGUUGAUAAUGAAAAUUGCGUACGCUGUUUUUUUCGGAUUCCACGUUUUUUGUUCCGUCGGAUCCACUGCUUCCUUGAGCAAAACGGAACUUACAAAUGAAGAAUUAACUGUGACUGAAGAUGAAUUUCCUGUAACUGAGUCUGCCGAAGAAACGUCAUACUUAAACCGAACCGAAGCAAACGUUGAUCUAACUGGGAGUAAAAUCAACGACUCGGAAAUAUUUGAAAAUGGCCAAACAGCUAAAGAAGAUCACCAAAGGUCAUUCAUAUAUAUACAAAAUGCUAAAUCUCGAUUGCCGUGGAAGACUAAGACACAUGGGUCAUUCUUUAUAGACGAUUUUAGUAAUGCCAAAGCAGUUGUUCGUGGUGGAAAUGACAAUUUAAGGCCGUUCAAAUUUGUAUCACAACCAAUAAAAACCAGUUAUUACAAAGAAUCCACACCGGCUCAAAACUCGCGAAGGAAUAAAAACGAAAAUAAAUACGUUUCGAGAAAUUUUUCUUUCCCGGUGAAAUCGAAUAUAGAAAAUAAAAAAGGAGCGAAAAAUUGGGAUGAAAUGCAACGAUACGUCCCAUAUAAUGAUAAAACUAUGCAGGCCUCUAAAACGGAUGCGUCACAGCCUUACUAUGCCAAUAAAGGAUAUCAAUUACCCUACAAAAUAAAUCCUCCACAACGACAAAAUACUAAAACACGAAUUGAGCAUAAAGUUAAUAAAAGUGUCCGCUUUCCGUAUCAACGCGGUAAUUACAAAAUUCCUUAUGCAACGCCAGUUUCUGCAACAGUUAUUGUACCUACUGUAUUAUACGAACAUAAAAAACCUAAAGAAAAUAACAAGUACUCACCACAUAACGAAGGAAUAGACGAAAGUCAAUUCAAUUGUUUCAACAAGGACUGUGGGAGCAGACCAAAUAACUAUCGUGUGAAUAUGAAUAAUGGGAUAAUGCGUGGGAUGAAUUGUGUAUGUCAGAAUAUACCUAUGUUUCAUGCACAAGCUCAGGAUUGGCGGGCAAGGAAAAAACCUUUGACUGCGAGUGAAAAAGCAUAUAUUCGAGCUCUCAAUUCAAACAAUACUGACGACUAUCCUUACGAACUACUGAUCAAAGAAAUGAAGAAGUUGACACGAAUAGUGGACGGAUUGGACAGCAACGUAAGCAACUGAGUGAAGACUUGCAUUAUUGAAAAAUAGUCAUACUUUGUUUGACAAUAAAGUCGCUGUUUAAAACACUUAUUUUGUAAAAGGGAAGGAUUUAGAGUCAGAUCAAGCCAAGCGAUUUUAAACGUCAAACUUCUAUGAAUUUAUGACGUUUAAUUAACGCUUGCACAGGCUGGGCUAUCAAAAUCGUUGCCAACUUAGCUUGGUCUCACUCUAGGUACGAAUUUAAAGUAAGUACCAACAUUUAUGUUGAUUUAGCACCGGCGAUUCUUUAGCGAAAAUAAACCAAGUAAUAUGUCAAGA